GUGCCCCAGGGCUGGUUAAGAAAAUGAUCCUGAGAUGAGAGUAGACACCAACUCACUGACAGUUUCUCAGGUUGCUGGGAUUUGUAAGGCAAGCGGAAGGCCAGAGUCUGUGUAAAUGCCCUUGUCAUAAUCCUGCUGAUCUCCUCUUUAGACAUUUCAGAAAUUCUAUACAGUUUUCAUUGCUACAGUGAAGAAAUAGAGGUGCAGCUGUACCUGUGUUUCUUAGAGAUAUUUAACUUCAGCCUGAAUUCCCCACCCUUCCCGGACUGUCAUAUGGAGAAAGGGAAUUUUUAUGGGAUGAAAACCAUCACCUUCAUUAUGGAGAAGAAGAAAGGAGCAUGUGGACUUGUGUUACAGAAUAAUGGCACCCACAUGCUGUACACCCUGACCUUACGGCUGCCCUCCGCCCCUUUCGGAUCCACCGCCAAUACGCUCUCCAGCAAGUUGAGGAUCACUUGUGCCUACCUGCUGGUGAUGGUGAAACAGACAGAGACAAUUCCCAGAAUGCUCACCCCCUUCACCUACAUACAGACCUUCGUCAUUGGUUUGGGAGGUGUCGUCAUCACCAUGAGCAUCUAUGCCGAACCUGACUACUGGCAACUCCGGCAGAAUGACAACAUCACCCUGAACACCCCCGUGUAUCUGCUUAUUCGGGCCAGCAGCGGCUCCCCGAAGGAUUUUGUCCUGGUGGUCGAAUCACUCUUCAUCAGCAAUCAGUCCACCUAUGAAAGUUUGGAAAAAGAUGUUUACUACUUUUUGAAACAGAACUGCCCCAUCAAAGGCAGGAAGGAUAUAAUGUUAAUUUCCAACGGGAACUCCAAGGCGGUGAAGAUAGGCUUCCGGAUGAUCCGCCUCCACUCCAGCGACUUUCUGUACUUUCACAGCAGAGUGAGGGUGUGUGUUGAAAACGAAGCCCUUCAGUGUGUGAAGGACUGCAGCAGCUCUGAUCAUCCCAAAAGGAGCAUGGGCAGUGAAACCUCCCUGCUGAGCUACGGACCGGUGUGGGUCGAAGGCUCCAGGAACAAAGGAAGCCCAGCAGGUUCCUUGUCAUUGUGGGCCCUCAUCCUCACGGGAACCUUCAUGAUGCACCUGAGAUAAAUACCUUUCCCCCAAGAGGGGUAAACCACGCCCAUCUGCUUCUCGCCUUUAGAAACCAGAGUGACUCCUGGGUAACGUGGAAGACUUGGUGGGGGGAGAGUUUCAAGGUUGGGGCAGGUGUGUGUAAGUCCCCUGGGUUCAGAGCAGAGCACGCUGGCCUCGGGGCCACCGGUUUUCUUAGUCAAUUCCCCACAACCUCGUUCUGGCCUCCCGGUCACCCCCAAAUCUGCCUGGUGCCAGGAUCUCAGCGCUGCAACCAAUAAAGUCCUCAAAGCUGAA